GAAUAUUAGAAAAAUAUUUACAAACAGAAAGAGGAAAGAGAAACCCACGCCGAAAUUUUCAAAUUGAUCAAAUCUGAAGUAAAACAUGCUGUUGUAUUUUUAUUGAUCAAUAAUAUUACACGACAUGUCUACGAAACGCAAAUUUACCAUUGAGGGCAUUGACGAAUCUUUGAAGAAAAAGCAAUGCAUGUAUAUUCUAGAAAGGCAGCAGAUGUUACAUCUUUUAACACAGCAGGAAUCUCAAGUGACAGAGGAGAUGGAAGUCACACCUCAGGUACUUCAAGCAGAAUCUCAGAGGCCACACACAGGGGGCAAUAAUCUCAACUUUCCCAUCAACAGUUUCCCUCUGCAGGGCCUCAAUAAUAACAAUAACCAAUCAGAGUGUUUGAGGUGCCUAGCAGGUGAACCGGGACAUUUCCGGCACGUUAAGACAUACAGUUGACGUUAAUGAAGUGAGUUAAUAAUAGAAUAAAUCACUUUGCUGACAUGAUUAGAUGGAAAAAGAAUACUCACAUCUCUUGGAGAUCAACCACCUCAGACAUUGUAAUAAGGGUAUAAAUGUCAAGUUCUUUUUCCACAUAUGUGGUUUUUGUCUCACAGUAGCAGUUGUCCCCCUUGAUGCAGCAUCCAUGAAACACUUGUUUUAAUGACUAUUCUCAUGCAUUUUAUUUAUUUUUUCAUUAUCAUGUUUUUAAUACAUGUAUUAAAAAUAAUGAAGAGAAUAUCUAUUUGCAAAGAUAGUGGAAUUUUAUUCUGAUAACUGGUUUCCAUUCAAAUUCAGGAAGUGUUUGUGUGGGUUUAUGCAUUUUUUUUUCUAUGUCAAAAAGGUGCUUUAAUAUUUCUAGUUUUAUAUUAUCGUAUAAAUGGACUAGGAUAAUUUGUAACAAGACUACUGUAUAUGUAAAGUAUGAUCUCAAACUUAAAGUGACCUAUCUGUCUCUGGUCUUUGAAGAAGACUGAAUAUUUAACUAAUUAAAAUAAUUAACACUCUACUAAAUAACCCAAUCUUUGGUAUUUUGAACUUUAAAUGUCUAUUAAUCAUUAAAUGCUACAAAAAAUUGUUCUAUAAUCAAAGUCUUAUACUGUUCUAAAUUUUUAAAAUUUUAUAAUUACAUGUAUGUAACAUUUAAUAGAAGUCUUGGAUUGGUUUAUUAACAGAGGAUUUUAUUCUGCAUUCCUACUUGUUUUGCAAUUGGUUGAACAAACAAGCACCAAAAUGUGCUUUUGAUCUAGAGAAAAUUGAAUAAUUUUUGAAAAUUAUGCCGAUCAGUAGUUGCUGCAUUUGCCAAAAUUAGCACCUAGAGCUCUGUUACAUGUGUAAGGGAGACAACCAGGUUUUCAACCUUGUAUUGUAUAAGUAUCAUGAUGUUCUGUUUAUUAUGAUGUUUUCCUUUCUUUUAUAUAUAUAUAUUUUUUAUCUUCUGUUUAUAUUAUUUUAACGAAAAAAAAGAUUUUCUGUUAUUUGUCAGAAAUUUGCUUCAUUGAAAUUUUUAUGCGUUUUUUAUGAAAUUUUAUCCUGCAGCUACUGCUUGCAUUGACCAAUUGAAGGUAAAUCAAAGCUUUAUUCAGUCAGUAAAAGUCCUGUGCAUUUCAUAGUAUUUGAAAACAUCAUUUAUAACAUCAUUUGUAUUGUAUAUAGCUCAUUUUGGACAUCAUGUGUAAAACUUUACUGCAGGGUAAACAAAAUGCAUGAAUUACUGUCUUGAAAUUCAUAUAUAUUUGGGCAUGGGAAAAAAAUGUGAUAGAGAGUUCCUCUUUCCUUACAUUUACCUUUAUAUUACUAGCCUUAUAUUUUUCAAGAUAGUAAUCAAGUAUUUUACUGUAAAUUUAUCCACUUUAAUACAUGGACAAUCUUUUUAUCCGAACAAAUAGUCAUUGCUAGCCUAGAAUCAGAGUUAUGACCCUUAGUUAAGCGUUCUCUAUAAAAUUUUGUUUUUUUCAAUUGUUUGUUUUUAUUUAAUGAAUUAUUUUUCUUUCUUAUCUUUUGUUUUUGGUUUGUUUGUUUGUGAAGAUAAUGUUUUACCAGGUUUAUAAGAAUUUUUUAUGAUUAUUGGCCAAUAUUCGGUCUCUGUGGAUUCUGUAAUACAUGUUACGUUGUGUCACAUUUUUAAUGUUUAGAUCAAGUCUUGAUGUCCAUUUACCAUAUAAUCUAACAAAGUUUGAUAUUGAUGUGAAAAUAAAGACUUUUAAUUCAUUGUUCACAAGGUA